AUGUUUCGACUAUUAAAGCAUGCUGUAUGUGCUGCUGAACAUGCUCUGUCAAAUGAUAUUCUUCGACGAUUGUCACCUCGUGAAGCUGAACUUUUACGUGAUCGUAGUAUAAGUGCUAAAGUUAAAUUUCGUUUUGGCGGUGUAGAAUUUCCACCGGUGAUUUAUUUUAAAAUUUAUGUACGUAAUUUUAAUGGUGCCCUUCCAAAAUAUGUUAAUGGUAAAAGUAUGAUUAAUGCUGAUAUGAACGCUCGUAUAGCUGCAUGUAAACAAAUGGGACAAAGAGUUUUCUAUCAACAAAUGUUAUCUGAUUCAUUACAAGGAGCUGAUGGACGAGCAUCAGAUGAAGUUGAUGUUGUUACAUUGAAAGAUUAUAUGCAAUAUUCAAGCUUAUUGGACGAAUUACCAUCAUAUCUUGGUGGACGAGCAAACAAUUGGAGACGAUUAAAUCUUGAAGAUAUUCCAAGACAUUCAGUAUUUUAUGAUAUUAUUAGUUAUAUAGAAUCAGGUCAUAUAUCGCCUGAUUUACGUGAUAGAUUACCUAUGUUACUUACUCAACCAAAUGCUCAAUCAGUACAAUUACAACAUAUUGAGUUACUCAAACAGAUAAAAUCAUCAGCAACAUCACGAACAAGUCGUACAUCGACUACAUAUCCCAAGAAACCAUUAUCAACAGCACGUCGCUCUCGUCGAGCCAUUGAAAAUGCAUCAAAAAUGCGUCAAGCUUAUAUAAUGACACGAUCUGAAUCAUUGCCAACAACUCUUAUACUUCAAUAUGAACAACAAAUUGCACCAAAUACAAGUGAUGAUGAAGAACAACGUCAUCGACCAGAUAAUACACCUAUUGCAAAAGAUGAAUUUAAUGAUGGAGAAGUUGAUGCUCUUUAUGCAUGGACUGAACAACUUGAAUGGAAUGAAGAUUUAUUUAAAACAGAUCGAAUUUCAACAGCUUAA